AUGUCAUUCAACACGCCACCAGGUCAAUCGUCCUUUGAUUUCGGGAAUGAUCCGAUAGCCUCGACUUCAACUUCAUCUUCGACUUGGAGAGGAUUGAGAAGAGCGCUAUCAUUGGGAUCUGGAUCCAAUAUCAAUAGUACAUGUGGAGGAAAUAAAAGACAAUUUCGUGCUACCAAUGUAUCUAGGUUGUCCAGGCAAUUGAAAGGCGUAACGACUACUACCACUAAUAGUACUACUACUACUAGUACAACUACUAGCAGCAAUACUAGUGCUAAUGGUAGUAAAGGUGAUUAUCAUCGUCAAUUAUCAGAAACCGAUAUAUCAUCAUGUUCGGACUUGAGAGAUGUAGACGGUAGUAUAGAAGAUGAGUGGCAUAAUAACAUGGUUGUCUGGAAAGAAGGUGAAGGUAUCAGUAUCAUUGGUUCAGGUUCAAUCAAUUCAAACUCGCGUUCCAGAUCUAUCGUAUCUACACUUGAAAGGGAAGAUGUACCUAGUGGACCAAGCUCACCUUGUGACACGGAUCACUUUUCACUCUCAGAUUAUACUACCACGACUCUACCUUCCUUCCCAAACCCUCCCAUCUCACUUCCUUCUCCCCUUCCCACGAUCAUUAAGGAUGACGGGGAGAACAAGCUCAAUACGAUCGAUAUCCUUCGUUCACCUUUUACCUCUUUGGGAACGCAUGGUUCACCUCCUUCAGACUUGGAUUCUUCACCAACAGACCCUCAAUUCCCUUUUCAUCCAACCACAGGUGCAAACACAUACACAAACACAGAUACAAACACAGAUACACAUACAAAACAGAAUGAAAAGUUUGUGUCUUCCCCUGUGUUGAUCGUGUCGACUUCACCUCAAUCUCCUUAUCGUCCACCUUGUCCUACUUUGACCCCUUCACCUCAAUUCUCCUCUUCAAAUUCCCCUAUCCUCAUCACUCCAGGUGUGUGUCCAUCUCCCGGAUCAUCCGGACCAUCAUCACCGGACAAACACAACAAAAAGGAUAUCGAUUAUAUAGGGGGAGGAAACACUUUGGCGCCGUUAAUACCGAUAAACACCAGCCCUGCUUCAAGCUCCACUCAUCCAUUGUUUUUCCCGUCACGUUUGACCCUCGACACAGCGACGUCAACAAAAACAAAUGUACCCAUCAUUACUACUGAAGACGCGAAUCACUCUGACUCCCCUUUGAAAAGAACAAUAAGCUCAAACAAAAAAGACAACGACAGUGAAGAUCAAUCUCUUCAAUCGCCUAUUGUUCUUUCGACGCGUGACGUUUCAGACAAUAAUAACGUUGCGAAUCGAAGCUCAUCAAUACAAUCUGAAGAUUCAAUGACUUUUGGUGAUAACCAGUCUCAACGUAGGCAAAGGGACUGGGCUUCCUACGGUGAUCAAAACCGUUCAAACCCUCUUCCACCACAGCCGGCAUCGACUGACCCUUUACCGGGAUCAUACGAUACUCAACAUCACCAACAUCAUCAUCACCAUCAUCAUCACAAACCUCAACCGUCUGUCCCCGUUUCCACCCGGACGACUUCGACCAUUUCGGGCGGGCAUAACUUCAGGUUGACCAACGUUGAUCCGGGUGAAUCACUCUCACCACCUCCUUCAUACGGUAAUUUUACCAAUUCCUCAAAUUCAAAUAGCUCGAGGAGAGACUCUAAAAAUACAGCAUUGUCAGGUUCAAGUGGCAGUUCAAUCCUUUCAUACUCCACUACUGAUUCGUCAUCGUAUCGUGAUCGUGGACACCUCAAUCAACAUUGGCAGUUCGGUGGACAGCCUGAUAUCUCCACUGUAUUCGAAGAAGAAGGAAAUAGUGUUGAAUUUGGUGAAGAUCAAAAUUUGAAGAAAGAUCAAUACGAAUUUGGUAUUCCAGUAACCUUGAAAAGUAGAAGUAGAGAGAAUUCUGAUUCAGGUCAUCCUAGAUAUCGUACACUUACUCAUCAAACUUCAUCUAAUACUCUAGUAAAUCGUCCACCUACCUCGUCGACAAAAGGAUAUUUCUCGAGGGAAAGAUCAGGUACAAUCGAUUCGCAAGCUGGAACUAUCACUUCCAAUCAUUCUGGCAAAUCAUUCAACAAAGUUGUUCAUCCAUUCGCAAACACAAUCAUAAGACCCACUUCACCUGUCAUCCCGACGAGUAAAUCACAUAACACUUUUUUAUCACCUCAACAUCCUAAAAGACAGGAAUCACUUGCUUUGCAAAAUUCAAGAUCAUCACCCAAUCUGGCAGAAACAUACAAAAUGUCUCAACCUGCUCAUCAACUUGCGCUGGUCUCCACUGAAGAUGAUAAAGACGAUGAAGAAACAUGUCCAGUCUGCGUGGAAAGCCUGAGCUUUACUUAUAGAUUACCAGGAGAGAAACCACACAUUGUACCAGACUGCGGUCAUGCCUUGCACGAGGAAUGCUUUGUGACUGUCUACGGGGAUGUCCCUCCGGAAGGGUCAAAAAAGGUCUUGGGUGUUUGCGGUGUGUGUCGUCAACCCAUGAGAAUGGCUGAUGGAGGCAAUAAGCGAGACAAGCUAGCCGUGUUGAUGGGCCAAUCUGGUCACAAUCCAGUUCGAAAAUCUUCUCAAUCCGCGCCGUCCGCUCGAUCAGUCAGUGGCAGGCGACAAAACCCAUCGCCUACUCCUCCUGAUCCCAAUGCGGAUGAUCCCCUCGAAGGUGGCAACGUCAGUUCGUCUCGUUCGAUGCAUUCGGAAUCAUCUCAACCCAAAGUGGUCGUACCUUCAAUCUCAAUUCGAUCUGAGUAUCCCUCAAUUGCAAAAGGUCAUCGAAAAGGUAAACAAGUGAUCACAGCUAUGGUCACCGUCGAAGUCCCAUCGGCAGGUGAUCGAGGUAGAUAUCCUACUAAACCUCGAUCUCAAGGAAUGUCUAGAUCCGCUUCGGGCGACGAACAAUAUUCACCUCCUUUACCUCCCUCGCCUCGAUCUGCAUCCGAAAUCUUCGGUGUACCUUCUACCGCUCUUAGUGGCUCUGUUUCAACUCCUGAUCCUUUCGCUCAUGUCGUGAAUGAUCUCAAACACCGCGUAGUCGACUACAAAACAUCGGGUCUUGAUCAAUUAGGAUCUUUGCGAUUGUUCGAUCUCUUAUGCGUUAGAAAAGGUCAACUGAUCAGGGAGUUUCACGUUUACCUUUUCCAAGAAGCUCUAAUAUGUGUUUCAGAAGAAAAGAAGUCUGGAUUCAGAGGCAUCUUCUCCCCGUCUUCAUCUGUUAGAAGCGAUCAUUCUGGUGGAUCUCAUCAUGGUCGUGGUGUACUUAAACUCAAAGGAAGAAUAUAUGUUCGACACGUCAAAAAGGUCGUCGAUACUUCUGUUUCUGGUGAAUUAAGCUUGACUAUCUCGAUGGAAGAUGAAUCCCUUGAUUCCUUCAUCCUUUGUUUCAAGGAUCGAUCAAGUCACGAAACUUGGAGAUCAACCAUCAAUCGCUUGCUGGAAGAGGUCAAAGGUGGUCAUAGCAAGGCAUCAAGACUCAUGGGUCUCUCUGCUCCUCGAUCAGCCAAUGCCCCAUCUUCGGCAGGGGGCUCGUCAAUGGGUAUGGGCUUUGAUCUCACUUCUCCAUCCACAACAGGAUAUUCUGUCACUCCAUCUACAUCGACAUUCCCUCAUAGGGAACCUUCAGCAGGCGAUCUCGUUUAUGAACAACCUAUCGGACCGAUUCAUACCCCUGUAGAUCUGGUGAUUGUACUAUCCCUUCCCUCUCCUUCAUUUAGCAAUCAACUUCCGCUCAAGGUCAAACUCAUGAAAACUUCGCUAUCUUUCAUCCUCGCUUUACUUGGACCUAAAGAUAGGAUCUCUCUCGUUACUUGUGAGAUGGGAAUUAAUGGAAUCGUACGGAAAACACCUUUCCUUUCCCCAUGCCGAUACGAAUCUCGAAAACGACUCGAGGCAUUUGUGGACACUCUCGGAAGUGGCAGAGAUGGGAAAGACGAUUUCGAAGUUCAGGUUGGUCGGGAAGAACGAUAUGACGUUGUCACAGCUGUUAACGUUGCUCUUGAUGUUGUCCUCCAACGAAAAGCGAAGAAUCCAAUAUCUGGUAUGGUGCUCAUCAGCGAUACUUCCGACGCUAUCAAACGCGCUCAAAUGGAUCUUGUUACUGCUCGUCUUGAUGCUGCCAACGUUCCUGUUCACGCAUUGGGUUAUGGUCGAUCUCAUGAUCCGUCACCACUGUGGAUGAUCUCCAAUCACACUCACGGUACCUAUACCUUUGUCAAAGAAUGGUAUCACCUUCGAGAUUCACUGGCUGGAGUAGUUGGAGGUCUCAUGUCUAUCGCUAUGGAUAAUAUGAAACUCCAUCUCUCUUGUCAAGAAAACGAUUUCCAUGUCACCAAAGUAUCCGGCACUACCCAAGCGAUAGUCUCGAAGAACGGUAAAGAUGUUGAUAUCGAAUUACGAGAAUUGAGAUAUGGUGAAAUCCGAGAGAUCCUAGUCGAACUGGAUCUUGAGAAGGUCGAAUCAUCUGACGAACAAAGAUACUCAGGAGAAGGAUCAAGUGAAUUUGCAAAUAAUUCCGAAUCAAGACAAGAUGGAAGAGUAGGAGGAAGUCAACAAGGCUCAACCAUACGAAAAUCAUCCUCAUUCAACGUUGAUCGAAGACUAGGCCUCGACACUCUGUCAGUCGGAGAUGCCAAUGCUCUCAGAGACGUGGUAUACGAAGAUGCUUUAAUUGAUGAAGUUCCAGUUGUAGAAGUGGAUUGUUCAUUCCACGAUCCAGGAGUUGGUAGAUCUGUGGCUAGAUUAGCUCAUCCGGUCUUACUUACAGUGGCCAUCUUACCGUCUACGGCACCCCUUUCAUCGACACCUGCAGAUCCGAUGAUAGUUCGAAGAAGAAUGGAAUUGUUAGCGAGUGAUAUGAUCACCAGAGCCCUUCUCAUUGCAUCCAGAAGGAACUUCACUCAUGCUUCAAGAAUCCUAAGGGAAACUAAGAGGAUAAUAGAGACUAUAGUGGAUGGAUUAAGAUCGCAUAUAUCGUCGUCAUUGAAUCAUAAUGGUCAUAGCAAUGGUGGAAGAAGUAAAAGAGAAGCUCAAACUAUGUUCGCCAUUGAUGGAUUAUCAGGUACGAUACAAGAUCUAGAUAGUCUGUUAGAUGGUCUGGAAGAACAUAAAGAACUAUUCGAAAGGGAUCACAGGAACUAUUCAGCUCAACAGGCUGGUGUACUUCGUGCUCAAAGAAGUUGGACGACGAGAACACCUACAGAGAGGAAUUACUGUACGAAAGAGAUUGGACAGAUUAUCAAUUUGAGUGGAGAGUGGCAAGGAAGAAGUUGA